AUUAUCAUCAUGGCCGAUCAAAAAACGAGUGAAGAACUUGCCAAGUCGCGCUGGGCUCCCCAAGGCUCCGACGAGCCAUCCAGUGUAAGCUCCACCACUACCACCACCACCCCCACCACCACCACCACUCAUCAUCAGCAUUCUCAUGGUCGUGGUGGGACCCAGAAUCGCCAUCAAAAAAGGUCUUACAAAACCAAGUCUACUCCGCAGACGGUCCGGCCACCCCAGCCCGCCGUCACUGCAACCACCACUACCACCACCAACGGUACUACCAUCACCGCCUCAGCCAGCAGCACUCCCAACGGGACGUCAUCUGUACCACCCAACACGAACCCCAAAAUCUGGACCCCGUCCCCGCGCCCUGCCCCCAGCAACGGCACGGCGCCGACGAGCACGAGCCCAACCCAGCACCACCAAGAGCAGCAGCAGCAGCAGCAACGAGCCGCAAGACUCCCGCGGGUGGUGGGCGGAGUGAGCUCCUCGCUCGGCGACGGAUGGGAGAAGAUCCCGACGCACCCGGAGCCGCCGACCCCGGAACCCUCCUCGUCCGCGCACAGCCUCCGCUCUGACUCCCAGUCGCCGACGAAAAAGAAGACGCGACCGAUCCCCCCGUCCAUCGCCGACGCCGUCGAGGCCCUCUCGCGCUACCGGAAGAUCCGACGGCGGCUGGAGUGGAAGCUGCGGCACCUGGUGGACGGGUUCAAGCAAGCGACGAACCGCGACCAGCCGGCCGCGGAGCAGCUGUACGCGGAGCAGAUGUUCAAGCUCGACUUCCACGAGUACUACGGGCUGCUGGAGCGGGCGCUGGUGUACCUGAUGCUGGUGUGGAACAUCCACGUCUCGCGGGCGCACCCUUCCACCAACACGAACAAGAUCAGCUGGGCGGACGAGAUGAAUGGCGGUGGCAGUUCCACCCACCGCUACCACGCCAACGUCCUCGAGGCCCUCCGCGAUCUCGACAGCCCGUACUUCGAGGUGCUGGGGUCCGGUGAGCGCUUCGCCCACCUGCAGAAGGCCAAGGAGCUGCGCAACCGCUGGAAGUACGCCGACAUGGACCCCGAGGAGCGCGAGCGCGAUCCCCAGACCUGGCGCGCGGGCUACAAGGCCUGGAAGGACGCGCUGACCCCGCUCGAGAGCUACGACUUCGAUACCAUCUUCGUCCAGAUCCUGCAGGGCUUGGUCGAGGCGGCGGACAUCGCCCAGCAGCGGGUCGAUGAGCUCGGGCGCGAGGCGGGCCAGGAUGAUGCCGCGGCGGCCGCCGGCGGGAGCGAGAGUGACCCCGACGACUGGGACUUUUUGGUCGAUGCGAUGGAUUGGGAGGCGGUUUGAGCGAGGAGAUGAUGAUUUCUUCGGUACAUCUCUAGUUUUUGUUAAUAUCAUUGUAAUCCGCAAUUUCUUGUGGAGUUAUUUCUUAAUAUUGUUGUUUUUUUUCCAGCGCUAGCGGGAUUUGGAUACCCUCAACAUCACCAAGCAUUUUGCCCUGUUUAUUGCAUUGUGAGGUACAAUCCUUGUUUCAUUUAUGUAUUUAUCGAUGCUAUUUUUGGCCUUUCUACAGUUUUCCUUUUCUACAGUCAUAUAUGCACAUGAGCUUGUACAUAUUUUGUUCGCUGAUACAUGUUCGAGUGGACUAUUCAGUUCGUGGAGGCGGACUCUCUGCUAGGCGACCAUCCCGAUAACCCGCCUGACAGUGCAGAGCAUAUUAGCCAGGCUGUUGAAUGACCCCCAGCGUGUACUGUCUAAGUCAGGUCCGGGGUAAUCAAAACACA